AUGGCCCCAGGCGCUCUUUCGCAAUGCUCCGUCAGCGCCCGUGCGACUCUCUGCCGGCAAUGCUUGACAAACUAUACCAGGACAGCCCCUUCUCAAAUUCAGAAAAGGUUCAUUUCUCAGAAUGUCGAACGAAGGCGGAAACUGCAGGAUGAAGCAUGGCGGCGCAAGGCCAACAGGAUCAGCGCCGGCGAGGACUACAACGUCUGGGAUCUGCUCAACGAGCGCGGGUUUGUUAAAGAUACUGCCGGGACGCACACACAAAUAUGGGAGCUCAUGAGAAAGAAACGAAUCGGUGCCUAUGUCGGCGUUGAUCCCACCGCCCCGUCCUUGCAUGUUGGGCACCUGCUGCCAAUGAUGGCACUGUUCUGGUUAUACAUGCACGGAUACGGAGCUGUCACUCUAGUUGGCGGUUCGACAGCCAAGGUAGGUGACCCGACCGACAGAUUGAAGGAUCGUGAGAAAAUGGCGAACACCGACCUAGCCACGAACACCACCAAAAUCCAUUACCAACUUAAGCGAUUAUGGAUCAACGUUGAGGAACAAGCGAGGCGAUUCGACUUCCGGAAAGAAACAUCCUGGAGCCGCGCGGUCCUGAACAACAGCGCAUGGCUCAACAGCACUCCAGUCAUGGAGGUCGUUGGCAGGCUCUUCAAGGGCAUACGCAUGGGACCACUGUUGUCGCGAGACACAGUUAAGAGAAGGCUCGAAGAGAACAACGAGGGUAUGCCACUGGACGAAUUCAUCUAUCCCCUGUUACAGGGUUGGGACUGGUGGGAAAUGUUCCAAUCCAAAGGUGUACUGAUGCAGAUCGGCGGAUCAGACCAGUAUGGAAAUAUCGUGACAGGCGUCGACGCUGUCAAGUAUUUAAGGGAUACCGAGCCUAAUCCGGAACGUCGCCUACCCAACAAACUGGAACAUACACCAGUUGGCUUCACGGUGCCAUUGCUAACCGAUUCGUCUGGCGCAAAGUUUGGCAAGAGUGCAGGCAAUGCAGUUUGGCUUGACCCAUUCAUGACGAGUUCCUUUGACCUGUAUGGAUACUUCAUGCGCCGACCAGAUGCCGAUGUUGAGCAUCUCUUGAAACUGUUGACUUUCCUCCCUAUGGAGACAGUGCACAAACUUAUGGCGGAACACCUUCAGGACCCCUCGAAGCGCGUUGCUCAGCAUGCUCUAGCAUUUGAACUGGUAUCCUUGGCACACGGCGCUACCAUGGCCAGUGACGCACAAGCGGAACACCGAGCCGUGUAUGCGAGUAGAAAUGGCACAACUGUUGCUCCUGGGACACCUACGACUCAGAACGAGUUGUCGCAAUAUCCAGAGGGCCGACCUGCCGACAACAGCACUGCGGCCAAUUUCAAGGUUGAUAUUGAAUUGCCCGAAUCUCUCAUCAUGGGCAAGCAUAUGGGCCACAUUUUCUAUGCCUGCGGACUUGCCAGCUCUAUCUCUGAUGGUGUACGGCUCACAAAAUUCCAAGGUGCCCAUGUUGCCGGAGCGCCCGGCCAGAAAAGGGGCAUGACACUAGGCGAUCUGACGUACACACCUGCAAAGAACUGGGUCCCUGAGGACACCAAGAACUUCCUAAUCGAUGGGGAGCUGCUCAUAGUACGUCGUGGCAAGCACUUCAUCCGCAUCAUCAAGAUGGUCUCAGACGAGGAGUGGAAGAGGAGCGGACGCAACUACCCUGGAGAGCGCGGCACCGGCAAAGUUCGAGAAAUUAAAAAAGCCAUUACGGCUAUUCGGAAAUCCGGCACUGAUAUGGACAGCAAGGACUGGAAUAAGCUGAAGGAAGAACUUGCGCACGAUAAAGCGCGCGAAGAGGCCCAGUCAAAGGGCCAGUUGUAUAUCCCAACUGGCACACCACCCGACAAACCCACGUCAAGGGAGGAAACGAUGUAG